AUGUCCUGCCCAACAAUUGCGUCCACCGCAACCCACUUAACAAACGGCGGCGUUACCUCAGUUGACUGCCAGAAACAAGUCCGAUCAUGGCGGCUCCUCCGUUCCAUCAUGGCACUCCUUAUGCCCACCUGCAACCGAGCCAUCAUCCAAAACCCACAAACCAAACACCACCGUCUUUACACUUCAAAUUCUAGUGUUAUCACAGGCACCAUCUUCGGUUACAGGAGGGGAAAAGUCCGGUUCUGCAUCCAAACAAACUCCAAGUCCUCCGACCCGAUUCUACUCCUCGAAUUCGCAGUUCCUACGCCGGUUUUGGCUCGAGAAAUGCGAGGCGGUAUACUUCGGAUUACGCUGGACUGCACCGACUCCGAGUUCAGUUCGUCGAUGCCGCCCUUGUGGACUAUGUACUGCAACGGAAGGAAAGUCGGGUAUGCGGUUAAACGCCGGCCUUCGAAAGCCGAUACAGAUGCUUUAAGACUGAUGAGUUCGGUUGUGGUCGGGGCCGGAAUGAUUAGUGGGAAAGAACUCGAGAAUGAAGAUGAUGAACUUAUGUACUUGAGGGCUAACUUUCAGAGAAUUCGUGGCUCAACUGAUUCCGAAUCUUUCCAUUUGAUUGAUCCAGAAGGGAAUGUUGGUCAAGAACUUAGUAUAUUCUUCUUCCGUUCUUGA